AUGGCGGGCGAGACGGAGCUGCUGGAAUGCCCCAUGUGCGCCUUCACUGUCUUGCACACUGAUGAUUAUAUCCUGCAACUUCACUUUGAACAAGUGCAUACCACAGACAGUCCAUUCAAGAUUGACGGUGAUGUCGAGCCGCCCCUACCCACAGCACCGAAGCGCAAGCACGCACAUGCAGACACCCCAGACACGACUUCCUCUGACGACGACGAAGGAGACAUGGUUACCUGCCCUGAGCCCGAGUGCGGCGAGGUUGUUUCUCUUGCAGACUUUAACGACCAUCUCGAUUUCCACGCCGCAGAAUCAUUAUCAUACAACGGGACUACGGGCAAAUAUCAUCCUCACUAUUCAUCCGCUGCAAUGCAGACCUUGGCAGCACACCAGCCGCAUGAAUCGUUUACCAAGAAUACGUUUUCCGAAUACCACUUUACCACAGAUCUACCAGACGCCCUGAAGAAAGCCGACGGCCAUGGAAAAAACCAUGGCCACCGUAAGAGAAGCAAUACCAGCAGCAGUGAGAAGAGUACGCUUUCCCGCAGCAUCUUAACCUUCAACCCUUUCACGAAGGCGGAAAAAUCGAUCAAGCCGCCCAACAAGAGCGCGCGUCUCGGUAAAUCUGAACUCGGACCUCAUGCUUGGGAAGAGCGCAUGCCACACUGGCUAUACGAACAACUCGCUGCCGGCCCCAAGAUCACCACCGUCAACCGUAUUGGCCGUGAUGGCCGCCUUAUCAAGCAAGAGCAGGUCCAGAAUGAGACGCCAGGCAUCAUACCAAUCCUUGCUCAGCUUUCUGCUCUCGAUCGUUCCGUCAGGGAAGCUUACUACUGUCAUCCAUCCACCCUCCAUGUCGGCAAGACGCCUCGAGAGGGUGGCUUCUGCGGCUAUAGGAACAUCCAGAUGCUUCUUUCUUACAUCCAGGGUGCCAAGGCUCAGGGCCACGAAGAGUUCCCGGGACGCACUCCAGGCAUCUUGAAUCUGCAGGAGCUGAUCGAGAGUGCUUGGGACAAGGGCAUCAACACCAUCGGGCGUGUCCAGACGGGCGGUAUCCGAGGUACGAGGAAGUACAUUGGCACUCCUGAAGCCCAAGCCUUCUUCCUCAGCUCCGAGAUCAACUGCGCCGUGGAAAUGUUUAGCGAUAUGAAAGAGCGCAAGAUCGAAGCUCACGAGACACUUCUCGAUGCGGUUGAACGCUACUUCACGCAAGCUGCCGUUAAGGACGGCUCCAACGUGUACAAAACACUACUACCGCCCAUCUAUCUCCAGCAGCCGGGUCAUUCCAUCACUAUUGUUGGGUUCGAACGACACCGCAACGGCUCAUGCAACCUCGUCGUCUUCGAUCCUAUGUACUCGACCAGCCCUGCGAUGCACAAGCUGCUCGGUCGCAAGAACAUUCAGACGGCUCGACCGGAGGUGCUGCAUGCAUAUCGCCGGGGCGCGCGACAGCUUAGAAAGCAUGCUAUGUUUGAGAUCUUGAUGUACGUGGUAAUGCUCGAAAAUGCUGCUCCAUUUGCUAACGAGACUAGGCUCACGGCAACACCUCCUUUGUUUCCUGCUUGGGAUGUCCUUCGUCAGUUUCCUGACUGCCGCUACGUCUACGCCUUCUUCCGCUCUCGCACUCUUGGCUAUGACGUCUACCCUGAAGACUAUUUCCUACCAAACUUCCCAUGGCAGCAGUACGGUGGUCUUUGGAUCUGCGACGAAGCUCGAUUCGCCCGUUCAGAAACCAUGAACCCUAUCGAUGCGCAGGCGCUACGCCGAAUCACCAGUGAAGGUUCCUCGCCACGAACAAGCUCAAGCAAUAGUCCACUUUCGCCAUUCACGGAUGGUGGCUUCCAUGGUCACGGCAUCAACGCGAAGAUGCUUCACGAGCCACGAAUCCCUUCCCUGGACGGUACAACAAGCAUCUACCCCAGCGGUCCCAUCUUCAACAUGGGCAGCAUCGACACAAUCUCUCGCCCCGACCCUCUACGAUCCCAACUCGCUCUCCUUACAGACAUUGGUCGAAAGUACCCUGGCUUCCCCACCCCACUCUCCCCAACACCCUCCGCAAGGGAACUCUUUCCCUCACCUGACACCCCGCGUAGCGUCGCGGUCCGAAGCAUCAGCCCCAUGUCCAUGGACGGAAGCUCCAUGUGCGGUCCCUCGCGCCGCUGCCAAUCCCACGGCUACGAACACUACGCCUCCAUGGGCUUGAUCGACAAGAUCCUUCUCUCUCCCUCUACCCGUUCGCCAUCGCGUAUGCCCUCGCCACGCACAAAUAUGGCGCGCUUGCAUUCUCCCCCAGCAAUCGAAAUCGCAAACGGGACGGAAACGAGUCUUACGUCGCCCUUGACGUCCACAGGCACGAUUUUGUCCUACACGUCCCAUCGCCCAAUUACUAGUGGCCUACUCGCGCUCAAACCUCUCGAUGAGGCGCAGACGGCUGAAUACAGGUUCUGGACGAGCUGUGGACGCCGCGCGUGUGCUUUUGGAUGUGGGAGUGGAAAUGAGGGCGAGAGACAGGCAGGACGGCGCUUGUUUCGCGAGGCGGAUGAGGUCGAUGGUGGGGUGUGUUUGAGGGGUGAUGAAGAAGACGAUGCCGAUGUGGCGGAAGAGAAAGAGGAGAGGAAGAGCAAAUGGGCUGGACGGAGGUAUGUCGGUGGCGGGGGGAAUGGGUGGGAAGGAUUUCUGAAAGGCUGUGAGAGAGAAGGAGUUGCGCAGUUUUGA